AUGACAGAGCCAAGCAACACUGAACCAGAGCAUAAUAAACCAUCUGUGGUCGAUGACUUUUUCUCAGCAUUAUUUGCCAAUCAGAACACCAAACCAUCUUCUCCUGUUAAACAACCCUCAUCUCCUCCUGUUAGACAACCCGUAUCUUAUGAUGACAUGAGUCCUACUAUGACGCAAGAUGAUACACUCGAUGAGUUUGAUGAGUACUCGUUACUUUCUAAACGCCGUACAAGACCCAUCCAUGAAGCACCAGCCCAGAUACUGUCUAAAAAGGAGAUUGAUUGGAGUACAGUUAAACCUGAGUCUCGUAUGUUGGUCCGUCAAUUUCCCAAAAAUGCAAAUAAGCAUGAUAUUCUCGAAUAUUUUAGUAAGUAUGGUGAAGUCAUUGAAGUCGUUCAGAAAGAUUCGUUUGGUUUUGUACAUUUUGAAGAUCCUGAAGCCUGUGCUCGCGCUGUUGAAUUAGAGAAUGGAAAUAUCCUUCAUGGUGUUACUUUAGACCUUGAGAUUUGUAAGCGAAAGCCUUAUUUUGCUCGUGCCAAAGACAACGAAGACUCGCCUCCUAGUCACCGUGUUCAUCGUCCCAGUCACUCACCCCCUCCCAUGAAUCGUCGCCCCAUGAAACGAAGAACCAGUAUCACACAACGACCUAUGCGACCGAGACCCCAUCCUUAUGAAACAUCCCCUCGACGCAACCACAAGAAACCAUUGAUUCCUUUUCGUACAGGCUAUGCUGUCCCCACAGUCCAGAUUAUUGCUUGGGGCAACAAUUUUCAUCAUUUCAUGACGUAUGUUGAGUCUGUCUUUCAGCAAUAUCAGAUGCGUACUGCUUCUGCUGUUCUUUCUUAUUCUACCGCAAAUCGAAAUGAAGUUGUCAAACAAUUAGUGCUUGAAGGUGUAAAAGCCAUUGUCAUGAUUGACCGUAUGAAUGAACCACACAACAGGAUUUAUCUUCAAGUAUUUGCACCCAACGAUCAAACGCAUGGUGGUGUAAGAUAUGAUGAAUAUGAUAGUAUUACCCCUUUAGAAGCCAUUCGUAUCAUUCAACGUACUUAUCCUCAAUCAUUCAAUGACACAUAUCAAUCCCCUUCUUAUCCCUCCUAUCAGCCUACUCAACCACAGUAUAAUACGUUAGAUGUCAAUACACUUGCUACUCUUUACACUAUGAUUCAACCUUCACCUGCUGCUCCUGCACCUGUUGCUCCUGCACCUGUUGCUCCUGCACCUGUUGCUCCUGCACCUGUUCAACAGCAACCUACUAUUCCUCAAUUAUUGGCUACAUUAAUGAACGGAUUAAACCAACAACAAAAUGUAUCUUCAACCCCACCAGCACCAGCACCAGCACCAGCACCUCAGCCUGUUACUACUACGUCAACUCAUGAGCCUAGUAUUGCUGCUUUAAUAAGCACCAUAGCCAACAGUAACCCUGCUUUAUUGGGUUCUGUAGCUGCCAACAAUCCUGCUAUUGCACAAUUAUUAUAUCAAUUUACUCAACCCACUAAUUCCAAUGGUACUUCAUUCACUCAAACUGACACAAAAAAUCAACCUUCAUGUAGUAAAAUGUUGUAA